CCUGCCGGGGGCAGUGUCCCGGCUCGGCCGCGCGGGGCGGCUCUGGGCGGGCCGGGCUGGGCUGGGCGGCGGCUCCGGAGCGAAGGGACUCGAGGAAACGGAAGCGGCGGCUGCGAUCGCCGCCCCCAGUCCGGGCCAUCCGCGGCGGCCGGGCCCGCGGGCAGAGCCACCCCGCCGGGAGCCGCCUCCGCCGCGCUUGCCUGUGUAAAGUGCUGGACUGACACUCCUGGAUGCUGGAGCCUUCUCUGUCCCUAGAUCAGAAACAUGCAACAUGGCAGCAGCCAUGGAAACUGAACAGCUGGGUCUUGAAAUCUUUGGAACGGCUGAGAGCGAGGAGCAUGCUGAGGUCGAGGAGCAGCCAAAACCGGAACCCUUCUAUGUAGAGAGAUAUUCCUGGAGUCAGCUUAAAAAACUGCUCACAGACACUAGGAAAUACCAUGGCUACAUGGUGGCCAAGGCUCCUCAUGAUUUCAUGUUUGUGAAGAAAAAUGACCCCGAAGGACCCCAUUCAGAUAGGAUCUACUAUCUGGCCAUGUCUGGCGAGAACAGGGAGAACACGCUGUUCUAUUCGGAAAUUCCCAAAACCAUAAACAAAGCUGAAGUCCUGAUGCUUUCCUGGAAACCCCUUUUGGAUCUCUUUCAGGCUUCCCUAGACUACGGGAUGUACUCCCGCGAAGAAGAAUUACUGCGAGAGAGAAAACGCAUUGGGACAGUCGGAAUUGCCUCUUACGAUUAUCACAGAGAAAGCGGCACCUUUCUGUUUCAGGCUGGCAGUGGAAUUUACCACAUAAAAGACGGCGGCCCUCAUGGGUUUACUCAACAGCCCUUAAGACCCAAUUUAGUGGAGACCAGUUGUCCAAACAUACGGAUGGAUCCAAAACUGUGCCCAGCUGAUCCAAACUGGAUUGCAUUUAUCCAUAGCAAUGACAUCUGGAUAUCUAAUAUACUAACCAGAGAAGAAAGGAGGCUAACCUUUGUCCAUAACGAAUUGGCCAACCUAGAAGAGGAUCCCAGAUCUGCUGGGGUAGCUACUUUUGUGCUUCAGGAGGAAUUUGAUAGAUAUACUGGCUACUGGUGGUGUCCGAAUGCUGAGCCAACUGUCACCGGAGGCAAAAUUCUUAGGAUUCUUUAUGAAGAAAAUGAUGAGUCAGAGGUGGAAAUUAUUCACGUCACAUCGCCCAUGCUGGAGACCAGGAGGACGGAUUCCUUUAGAUAUCCCAAAACAGGCACAGCAAAUCCAAAGGUCACUUUCAAGAUGUCUGAAAUAACAGUUGAUGCUGAAGGAAGAAUUGCAGCUGUCUUGGAUAAAGAACUAGUGCAGCCAUUCGAGAUCCUGUUUGAAGGAGUCGAGUAUAUUGCGAGAGCUGGAUGGACUCCAGAAGGAAAAUAUGCCUGGUCCAUCUUGCUGGAUCGCUCCCAAACACGGCUACAGAUAGUGUUGAUCUCCCCUGCAUUAUUUAUCGCAGUAGAAGAUGAUGCUAUGGAAAGACAGAAACUAAUAGACGCUGUGCCUGACUCUGUUACGCCACUUAUUAUUUAUGAAGAAACAACAGACAUCUGGAUAAACAUCCAUGAUAUCUUCCAUGUGUUCCCUCAAACCCGCCAAGAUGAGAUAGAGUUUAUUUUCGCCUCUGAAUGUCAAACGGGGUUCCGGCACCUGUACAAAAUCACCUCGGUUUUGAAGGAGAGCAGAUACAAGCGAUCAUGUGGCGGUCUCCCUGCUCCAAGUGACUUCAAGUGUCCCAUCAAAGAGGAAUUAGCAAUUACCACUGGAGAAUGGGAAGUGCUUGGUAGACAUGGUUCCAAUAUCCGCGUGGAUGAAGCAAAGAAACUGGUGUAUUUUGAAGGCACAAAGGAUUCCCCUUUAGAGCAUCACCUGUACGUCGUUAGCUACGAGAAUCCCGGAGUGGUGAAGCGACUGACGGACCGUAGUUUCUCUCACGCCUGCUCCGUUAGUCAGGACUGUGACAUGUUCAUCAGUAAAUUCAGUAACCAGAAGAACCCGCACUGUGUGUCACUGUACAGGCUGACUGCUUCUGAAGAUGAUGUUGCUCACAGAACGAAGGAAUUCUGGGCCACGAUUCUAGAUUCGGCAGGUCCUUUUCCCGACUAUGUUCCCCCAGAAAUCUUCUCCUUUGAGAGUUCCUCAGGCUUUACGCUGUAUGGCAUGAUGUACAAACCUCACCACCUGCAACCUGGGAAGAAAUACCCCACUGUCCUCUUCAUAUACGGAGGGCCUCAGGUGCAGCUGGUGAACAAUCGGUUUAAAGGAGUCAAGUAUUUUCGCUUGAACACGCUGGCCUCACUGGGUUACGUAGUUGUUGUAAUUGACAACAGGGGGUCCUGCCACCGAGGGCUUAAGUUUGAAGGUGCCUUUAAAUACAAAAUGGGUCAAAUAGAAAUUGACGACCAAGUGGAAGGGCUGCAGUAUUUAGCAUCCCAGUAUGACUUCAUUGAUUUAGACCGAGUUGGCAUUCAUGGCUGGUCCUAUGGAGGAUACCUGUCUCUGAUGGCAUUAAUGCAGAGGUCAGACCUCUUCAGGGUUGCCAUUGCUGGAGCACCAGUCACACUAUGGCUAUUCUAUGACACAGGCUACACAGAGCGUUACAUGGGACACCCUGAUCACAACGAGCAGGGAUAUUAUCUAGGAUCAGUGGCCAUGCAAGCGGAGAAGUUUCCUUCAGAACCGCACCGUCUGUUGCUGCUGCAUGGUUUCUUGGACGAGAAUGUUCACUUUGCACACACAAGUAUAUUGCUGAGUUUUUUAGUGAGGGCUGGAAAACCAUAUGAUUUACAGAUUUACCCUCAGGAAAGACACAGCAUAAGGGUCCCCGAGUCUGGAGAGCAUUAUGAACUCCAUCUACUGCAUUAUCUGCAAGAGAAUCUUGGCUCUCACAUUGCUGCACUGAAGGCAAUGUAAUUGUGACCUCUGUGGAACUCUGAUACACUGGCUGCUUAACCAAAUGAGGAAAUUGAUCUUUAGAGAAAAUCGAACAGAAUGUUGCAUUUUGGUGCCUGCCACAUCUGCACACACGCACACACAGACACUUUUUUUUUUUUUAAGUAAACUAGGUGCCAUACAAGGACACUACAGUACAAUGGCCUAAUAAUUUUUAAAAUGGAAAUAAAAUCAAAUGUCUGUGGCACGCAGCAGUACCAUGCAAAUUCUUUUGGAAGAAGCUGAAAAUUCAGUAACCCAUUUCCACCACACCAUAUCUUCACCAUUUGAAAACAUUGAGCUGUGCAAGUCUAAUUGGUGUAUUUUUUUACAGUGUGUUUCUCAGUUUCUUACAACAAGGUAAUAUUGGAUGAUUCGCUCACGUCAUGGCAAAAAUCUGUCUGGAUGGUUACAACUUGGAUAACAUUUAAAAAUGUAAUGUUGUAAUAGUUUAUGCUUCGUGCAAGGGAUGUCUGGCUCAUUAGGAAUUAGCUGCGUAUUAGACACAUUAUAUAACCAGAUGUUGGAGAUAAUUGUUUUAAAAAAGAAACACUUUUAGCUGCCUCCUGAAGUUGAUAAUUUGGUUUUAACUAAGAUCAGGCCAUUUUUUUCAGUGAGCUCAUCUCUGUGCAGUACAAAUCUUGCUGCUUUUUUCUUUUGUAGUGUGAUAAACAGUUUGCACCUGAUUUCACACAGGAAGGUGGAAAAUGUAUUUUACAAUAACAUGGGCAGAAGAGUUAGCCUUGUAUGCUGAGAAGCAAACUAGUUUUAAGCCAAACAGCUGAAACUUUGUAUAUUUCUCAUAUUUUAAAAAUACAACCUAUUCCCAUGGACUUUCACCCUAUGUGCAUUUUGAGGCUGUUUUCAAAAUACUUUCCUAUCUCAGCAGGUGGGUGUAUAAAUAUUCCCCCACUAAGAUUUUAAAACUCCCAAGUGCAAGUGUCCACUGGGGAGUUGGUAAGAUGGGGGCCUAUCAACACUACAUUGAAGCAAUGCAAAUUGUGUUUUACUAAUUUUUUGUUGUCAUUAUUCUAGCAUUAUUCUCAGAUCAGUGUUGAGAAAGUUUAUUGUCCUAGUCACCCUGCUCCCCUGUAUAUACAUAUACAUACACAGACUCCAUCACCCUUGAGUCGUCUCUAGCACUGCGGUGUAGCAUGGUCCUAUGCUGUCCUCCGAGAGAAACCCUUGUCUGUGUUGCUUAAGGUAAUGCUGCUAGAAGCUAGCACCCUGCAAUAUUAAAAUCACAUUAAAGCACGAUUUUCUUUGCUAGUGUGGUUUUAACUGUGAUAUGGACUUGGCUGAAAAACGUGACGUGUUUGAAAAUACUUCUAACUUUCAAAAUGUUAUUUAAAAUAGAACUCCAUAGUCAAAUUAUUACUUUUAAACCAGAAAACUCUGCCUGGGGUUUCUGUGUUAGCGUCCCAUCAUUUUUAGGUACUUUCUUUUAAAAAACCAAGAACUUUUUCCCUUCUAUUUUGAUGCUACAGAGGGAGAAGCAGAGCAAGGUUCUCUUUUCAUCUUUUGAAAUCUGGAUGCCCUGUGGCUUGUGUUCCUACUUGAAAUACCCCAAAUAUUGUAGCAAUGUGCUUUAAUAACUUUUGUAGGUAUAUGAAUGCUCAGCAGACCCUAGAACUCUAACAUUUAAAACAAUCGGCCCUGACCUUGGUGUUCGUGACACUAGAAUUAAUUGGGAAUAACUCCACUGGAAUCACCUGGAUAUAAGAGCUGUGUAAGAGACAGCAGAAUCUGGUCCAUUGGCUUAUGCUAAAGGUAGUCAAAAUAAACACUUCCUGUAAGCAUACACCUCUUUUUUCCCCCCCAUGCCCUGCACAAUUAUUCUGAAUUGGACUGAUGAUAUUUAAAGUCCUGUAAUUUACACCAUCAGCAUAUGGAAAAUAGGUUUAUAGGUUUUUAUUUUGGGGAACUGGGGGAAUGUAAGGAGCCCAAUACCUACACUGUCUUCUCUAUACCAACAAUAGCUAAUUAUUGUAACUGAAGUGAAUUCCCUUCAGAAAAAGCAGGCGUUUUCAGCCAUCCUAUGGCAUGUGCUGUAGUUAGUAUUUACAGACAAGCUGGUACAUUGAUAAGCUUGAAGAAUAACAAUGUGCCAGUUAGUAUAAAAAAUACAAAUUGGUUACUAUGGUAUCCCACCUGGUUCUUUACGUAUUUAUGCUGUAGUGUAUAUUUACAUGUAUGGAUGGGCACGUCUACACAGCAAAAGAAACACUUGCUGCCCUGGGUUAACAGCCCAGCUGAACUGACUCAGGCUCGUACUGCAGGCUAACACUAGCAGUGCGGACAUUCAGGCUUUGGACUCUGGGACUCGCACCGCAGGUUCUUUUGUUGCUAUGUAGAUGUCCCCUGCAUCGGUCCAUAUAUACGUAUAUGUAUAAAAUAACACGUGGACGGUAUCACAUUUUCCAAGGUUGUUUAUAUUUUGUUCAAUGUUAAAUUAACUGGCGUUUGGGGGUGUAUUUUUGUUCCUCCUCCAGAGAUUCUCUCUUGAAUAUAAAUGUAUAUGAUUCUGAAGUAAAAAUCGAUUCUUUUGUACAAAACGACCUCUAUGGAACAGUGCUUACGGCAAAGGAGGCAUUAAAGGCGAUUCUGGUAAUCAAAUCUAGAUUUUGGUUUAGCACUGAACAUAACAUUGCUUACAUGUAACUUUUUAAUAAUGCAUUCGCUCUUUAUUUUAAAUAUAUCUUAUAUAUAUCUCAGAAAACUAUUAAAGAACCAAGUAUGUACUCUGUUUUGCAACAUAAAUUAUGUUUUCCUUUUCUACAAAAAUAAUUUCCUUUACAGCUCUCAGGCACUUUAAAACUCCAUGUUUUCUUUCCUUGUGGAAAUGCUGGAAGGAUUUACUCUCAGUAUUUCAGAGUUCUGUACAAAGGGUGCUUGCCACAUGUAACGGUAAUGAAAGGUAUAUCCCAUAGGGUCUGAUCCAGCCCCCAUUGAAUUCCUGUUGAUUUAAAGGGGCACGAUCAAGUCCACAGGGAAUGAGCACUGCCUUGUGAAAUACCAAGUGUGAGGCCAUCAGUAACUCUUAAAACUGGAAAUGCUGCUCACUAGAUAAGAAUAUUAUAUCCUGCUUGGUCUCGGUGGGACAAGCCACAGCUAAGUUCAGCAGUUCUGCACCGAUUGCCAACUGUAAGCCAGUCUUUCUAUGCUACGGUAUCAGUCCGGAGUACUGUGUAUGAUGGCAGUGUUACUGCAGUAUCCGUCCGGAGUACUGUGUAUGAUGGCAGUGUUACUGCAGGAUCCGUCCGGAGUACUGUGUAUGAUGGCAGUGUUACUGCAGGAUCAGUCCGGAGUACUGUGUAUGAUGGCAGUGUUACUGCAGUACCAGUCCGGAGUACUGUGUAUGACGGCAGUGUUACUGCAGUAUCCGUCCGGAGUACUGUGUAUGAUGGCAGUGUUACUGCAGCAUUUUGGAUCCUUGGAAUUGCCUAAAUCCAAGUCCAAAAUCUCUGGAUUGGGGAGAUGGCAUUUUCACCCAAGAGGAGUUGCCCAUGAUAUUUUACAUUUGGAUUUAUUUUAAAUUGUUUUUGUUUGUGGACUUACUUCAAAAAUGGCCAAGUUGUAAUGUUACUUUAAAUUUUAAGCAGGGCUAGUGAACUCCCUAGGCAGGAAGUCUGAGAACAGAAUAUUCCAGGGAGGAGACAUCACCACCUUGCUCCACGAAAUAAAUCCCUACCUGGGGAUAAGAAAACGCCCGGCUGGCCCAGGUCAGCUGACUCAGGUUCACGGGGCUUGGGCUCCGUGGCUGAAAAAUUGCUGUGUAGAUGUCGAGGGUCCCAGAGCUUGCGCUCCAGCCUGAGCCCAAACAUCGACAGAGAUUUUUAGCACUGCAAGCCUGACCCAAAUGAGCCCCCAGUUUUUUAUCCAUGUGUAGAUCUACCUCUUGAGUUGAGUGGGGUUACUCCCAGCAAUAACCACUACACCUAGUGGUAUAUGAUAGCAAGAGUGGGCCCUAAGUGUUGAAUGUAAAUCUCUUUCCUACGGUUGCAGGUAUCUUUGCAUCUUACCACCCAAUCCUGUGACUAAUAAAAUUACACAUUUAACUUUUGCUGAAAAACAAUAGAGCAUUUAUGAAAGGCUGGGAUUUGAAGACUGAGGGACUAGUUGUGUUGAAUAGGGAUGCCAGUAAACAGAUCUUUUCUGUCUGUUUUCGAAUAGUGUUCGGUUUGCUUCAGUGGGGACAGAUUCUAUGGUGUAAUGUUUUGAAGUGCUUUCCAUUACUUAAGGAAAUCUUCCUUUUAAUAAAGAAUAGGGCGGAAGGCAGGGAACAUUUUAGAUUGGGGCAAGUAAUCUGCAUUUUUUCCACAUUUCCAAAUAUAUCAUUUGUAUUAAUAUAUAUAUACGACUUCAUUUUAUAAACUCCGUUUACUAUCCAAUAUUAAUUAAACAAUUCAUUCUGAUCAGCAUGUGAAGCUUUGAAAAUAAAUUACCUUAAUUAUACUAAAAUGGAAAAUGUAUUCCCUGCUAAUGGGGGCAUUUGGGAAUAGUGUUAGCAAAGACUUUCCGGAUGGGCUUGACAUGUUGAAGGUUUAACUCUUUAGAACUGUGUAUGUGUGGUGUGUUGCAUCUAGCAAAGAAUCCAGCCGUGACGUUAACUGACAAAAUAGGGUCCUGAGACUUAACCUGUCAGAGUAAAACAAUUGAUUGUGUUUCUUGCUGAUCUGUGUGUUCCAUGUGGAGAGCAGUAUGUUUUGCUGCUAGCAUGACACUGAAUAUUGAGACGGCAAUAACAAGGUGGGGGAAAAUCAGCCAGAUUAGAAUACUGCCUUGAAUUGCCUGUUUACUUGAGUUACCAGACCCCUGUCAAUACACGUACUGUAUCCUCCGGGGUGCUUUGGGCUGCCUUCUGAAAGGACAGGUCUUUUUGUGGUUUUUACUUUGAUGUUCUGCACAGUAGAAGUUCAGGUGUUUAAUUUUAGAACAUGAAGUGCCUGCUGUUUAAGUGUUGACUUGUGUUAACAAAAUUGCAUGUCUCACACCCAGUAGGUUUAUGGGUUUCCCUCCAUUUCUAGCUACAUGGCUUUUAAUCAUGUCAAGUGGAAACAUUAGUUUUGCCGCGUUUUAUUACAAAUCCUUUUUGUUGCAAUAAAGAUGCUGCUAAAUAAAUUGAACUAAAUGUU